AUGAUUUCAACAAUCGGCACAACAACAAUUCAAACAACAACAGCACCAAACUCGUUAGUCAUGAAUCCAACGUCAAUGUUAGUAGAGAUGAAAAACUUCAUUCCUUCUUCAUUUACUUUCGAAACAAAAAUCCAGAAGAUAAAGCAAGAACUUUUAACAAGUAAUUUAGACUGUAGUGCGAAAGAUGAAACAAAUGAAGAAUAUCUUUAUGAAAUGCAGGACAUUAUUGACCAUUUGCCUAAACUACCUGAAAUUCAGCAGCAAAAACUAACUAUUCCUGAAUUCGACGAAAUUGAAGUCAAAGCAACUGACUCAGUAGAAAUUAAGAAAUUCAUACGUAAAGUAAAUUAUGAAUUCCUUGGUUUUCAUUGCAACCAUAAGGUUAUGGACAAAGAUUGCGACAUGGUUUAUAAAAACAUUUCUGACAUAUAUAAAUCUGAGGAGUUUAAGACUUACGAUAACUUUGUUUCAUUAGUUGCAAAAUGUGUUUGGGAAAUAAGAGAUAAAGAUAGAAGAGGCAAAG